AUGUCGAUACCCACGCCGUCAUCGCCGACAGCGUCGGCGCUCGCCCUCCGCGAGUUCUUUGGCGACCGCAAACCGCCGGAGAUCAGCCGCAAGAUCACGGCCUGUGUCGCGUGCCGCAAGCUCAAGAUCAAAUGCCAUAUGCAAGAUUCCAGACCGCCGUGCACACGCUGCAAGCGACGCGACCUCACGUGCACGGUCAACCACAGCCUACAGAUGCUGCUCGAGAGUGAUGUUACAUGGAAACGAUCCGUCGAACAGAAGCUGCAGCUUAUGGAAGAACAGAUCGCCAACAUCAGCAACGCCACUGCCACCAACCAUGCUCCCGCAUCCACGGGCCCUGAGGCCACCCCGACGGCCCCGUCAACAUCAUCUGCAACACUAUACGAGCUUCACAGUGGAACACAUGGCGAGACACACAGCAAUUCAGACACCGACGCAGGUGCAGACAAUGCAGCCCGACGCCAGCCCGGCUGGGAGGUCGUCAUGGAUGCACGACUCAACCCGGCUGCGAUGCCCGCCAGCUGCGUGUCUCAAGUACCAGACACAUCUCCAUCUGGGCAGUUGUCGGAAAGCAGCCGCCAGAACGACUUGAUUUCCCGCGGUGCCAUCGCCCUCGACAUGGCGGAGCAGUUUUUUGAGGUGUACAAAAAGCUAGAUCACUACGUUUACGGCAUCCUCGCCAAUCACGACAGCUUGUCGAGUCUACGUGCAGGAUCCAGCCUGUUGACGGCCGCCGUCUGUGCUGUUGCCGCUCUGCAUUCGAGCAGCCCCGGAUACGCUGCGAGCUACGACGAGUUUGUGCGCGAGUUUGCCGCACAGUCUAUAUCCCGAAACCACACGCUGGAUGACGUCCGCGGGCUCUGCAUUGGUGCCUUCUGGCUCAGCGACAUGUCGUGGACCCUGGCAGCAACAGCCGCCCGCAUCGCCAUCGAGAUGAAUCUCCAUCGAGGCGUCUCCAAGGCCAAGCAUACCUGCUUCGACAAGCCAAUGGCCGACCGCAUCUCCUGCUACGUACGCACACGCCUGUACCUUAUCGUCUACGUCUGCGACCACCACUUCAGCAUCGCGUACGGUCGAGCACCCAUGACACGCGAGUUCACAGCACUGAUUGCGCCGCGUGCCUUUCAUGGCAUGGAGCAUGCCAACACCCCGGACGACUUUCGUCUGGUCGCGCAGGUCGAGCUGUGGUCUGUUCUUAGCCGCGUGUACGAUACUUUUGGCGUCAAUACGGACAUGGCGAUCCCGGCCCACCAGAUGUCCGAGUUCCGCAGGCUGGGCGUGGCCCUGGAGUCGUGGCGCAUCGACGCCUACGACAAAUUGCCGGCCGACGCCGACUCCAAAUCCAUCGACGUCGGCCUGCACGCGUACUUUGCCAAGCUGUAUCUGUGCACACACGCCUUCCGUGGCGUGACGCGCACGUCGGCCGUGCCCCAGGACAUGGAAGAGUUUGCCGAUGCGGCCGUCUACACGGGCCACUCGCUGCUGCGGUCUCUUGUCGUCAACCCCGACCUGCAAAUGCAUUUUCAGGGGCUACCUACCUACUUUGCCACCAUGGUCGCGGCAUCCUUUGUCUUUCUCCUCAAAAUGACAAUCAAGCGCCCUGCCAAUGUCCGCUUUAACAGAGACGAAACGUGCGCCCUACUGCGUCAGGCGUCAGAAGUUUUGAUUGCAAUUUCGAGAACCAUGCAUUCGCAACACGUGCUGUACAGCAUCGCCGUGAGCAUUGCCAAGCUUGUCAACGGGGUACCGUGCACGACCACCAGUCCGCCGAGUUCUGCCAUCGGCAUGGACAGUAUUCAGGUUGCCACGCGCGAUCCGACCUUGGAGGCUUCACACCCGCUUAUCAGUGACGACAUGUCCUGGCUGCAAGAUGGCGAUUUUGGCAUCGAUUGGUUCGAGUUUGACCAAGCCUUACACAAUACAUAG